CCGUGAUCUCGACUGCUUCGACCUGACGAGGCUCGUUCCUUCCACUUUCACUUUACUUUUUAGAUGGCUCGUCUUACUGUUUUGUUUCUCGCUUUUCUCUAAUUGGGCUUGAUUCAUUUUGACAUCGUGCGUCCUUUAUGUCAUCAGAUAAACAAGACCGAUAUCCUGAAAACUCUCGUAUUCUCUUUCCCACACCCAAGGCUCUCUUGUCGAGCAGGUGAGACUCGUCAGCAACAGACGAUUCACAGUUUGAAGCGCUUCUCGGCGACGACCACUUCUCUCCACCAGAGAGAUCUGGUCGCACGGAUUUGGUUUUGCUCGUUGAUCUGUCCAUCGGGUUCUGGCUCAUAACCUCAACCAUGCUGUCCAAAAUGCGCUCUCGACAAGCACUUAUCGCCACUCUUGUAUUUCUAGUCACGGUAUUCUUUUUCUUGCGAAGCGUCACUGGGCUAAGCGUAGUCAAGCUGUCUUCUGUCCAUGAAGAUGACAAAACAUCGCCGCCACACCCAACGUAUAAGCCAGUACCAACAUGGACUCCUCCACCGGUACGAGAUCCAUUCCCGGCUCUCUCUACAUCAACACCACCGCCAAUCCCGAGCUACAAUAUCCCAAAGAAGAACAGCUGGAAGACGGACUACGACCUUGAGGUUGCGCCUGCUUUAGUCAUCGGAUUCACCCGCACCUGGCCGGUGCUACUUCAGGCUGUCGUGUCCUACAUCACGGCUGGAUGGCCACCUGAGCAGAUCUACGUCGUUGAGAACACGGGCAUGCAGCAAGCCAACACGCGCGGCCAACUCACGCUCCAACAUCCCUGGUACAUGAACCAUACGCAGCUGCGCAUGCUCGGGGUCAACAUUGUCCAGACUCCUGUGCUGCUCACAUUUGCGCAGCUGCAGAACUUCUACCUUGCCAUGUCAUACGAACGCAAAUGGCCUUAUUAUUUCUGGAGUCACAUGGACGUUCUAGCCCUCGGCCACGAGAACGGAUUCGAGAUAUUGACCCCGCCUGGAGGAGAGCUGGGAUAUAAGAGCCUAUACACGCUGUGUCUGGAAGCGUUGCGUAAGACGCUUGACUCCGGCGAUAAAUGGGGCACGCGCUUCUUUGCAUACGACCAUCUCACGCUGCAGAACCCCCAGGCGCUUGAGGACAUCGGCGGCUGGGACACUUCGAUCCCUUACUACAUGACGGACUGUGAUACGUACACACGCCUGACCAUGAAAGGCUGGAGCCAAAUCGACGCCAACUGUGGCGUCGUCACCGACACCUCGGCCGUGCUCGAUGACCUAUUGGCCUUAUAUCGCGUCCCGAGCGUCGACCCGGGAUUCACCGACCCCAAUCCACCGGAACCCACUCCGGAAACCUCAGCGAAGAUCGCGAAGCGCGAGGUCAUUCCACCUCACGAGCUCGACAUGCAAAAUCCACUUGAUUACUGGUGGGCGCUGCUUCGUACCAGCGACUUCAUGUUUCACUACAAGCACGGCAACCGCGGACGCAAUACGUGGCAAGCGAGCCAGCACGGCGGUGACAGCGAGCCCUUCUACUACAAUGCCGACGGGUUCACCGAAGCUUUGGACGUUCUUACCGAAGCGGGCAAAGAGGUGUUCCGUCGGAAGUGGGGACACAACAACUGCAACCUCAUUGAUGGCGGCGGUUUGCACUUUGAAGACCAGUGGCGGGUGCUGAAGGAUUUCGAAAAGUAGAGCUGGAAUCCUUUUUGGUAGUCGGGCAGAUCAUGCGCGAGAUCGACAAGGGUUAUUUUCAAUGUCUUAUCGGAUACACGGUGAUUUGGCGUACGGUUGAUUUUGGCCGAGUGUGUGGAAAAGGUCAUAAUAUCUGACAUGAGCACUAGGGUCCCUAGAGCUGGAAGCAUUAACUUGUAGGAUGGAGGGUAUGAUGAACGCAUGAGUGGAUGACAAGUCCGCAUGUUUAUAGCUUUUAUGACAGUAUAUGAUACCAUUAAUGAGAUUGUGACAAAA